GUGUGCAAGAGACCCACCAGGACCUCUGAGAAGCCAGAUACCAAGAGAGAUGUUUCAAAUUGGGGGCCUCAUUGUCUUCUGUGGGCUGCUGGCCCAUACCACAGCCCUGCUGGACACCCUGCCCUUGCCCCUGGACCCGACCCUGCUUUUGGAGGGGACUCCAGCCCAGGACCUAAGUCCCACAGAUCUUGCUAGAAGCUUAACAGAUGCCCUCAGCACUGGCCUGCUCUCUGAGGGUCUGUUGGGCAUUCUCGAAAACCUUCCACUCUUGAACAUCCUGAAGACUGGAGGAGGCACUUCUGGUGGCCUGCUGGGGGGCCUGCUUGGGAAAGUGACUUCAGUGGUCCCCCUCCUGAACAAAAUCAUUGAUAUGAAGAUCACUAAUCCCCAGCUGCUGGAACUAGGCCUUGUGCAGAGCCCAGAUGGUCAUCGUCUCUAUGUCACCAUCCCUCUGGGCAUAACCCUCAAUGUGAACACGCCCCUGGCCGGACAUCUGUUAAAGCUGGCUGUGAAACUAAACAUCACCGCACAAGUGCUAGCUGUGAAAAACGAAGAGGGGAAAAUUCACCUGGUUCUUGGUGACUGCACUCACUCCCCCGGGAGCCUGCAAAUCUCCUUGCUUAAUGGAUUUGCUCCCCUCCCUGUUCAAGGCCUUGUCAAUGGUGUCAGCAGCAUCUUGAACCAAGUCCUUCCUGGGCUAGUACAGGGCGAGGUGUGCCCUCUGGUCAACGAGGUUCUCAGUCAGCUGGAUGUCACCUUGGUGCAUUCCAUUGCUGACUUACUGAUCCAUGGGCUGGAAUUUGUCAUCAAGGUCUAAGCCUUCCAGGAGGGACCCAGCGUCUGUUGAACUGGGCAGGUUUGAUGAUGCGCCAAUACCAACAAGAGUCUGUGACCUUGAGUCUCCAUUCUGAUCCGGGCUUCUCCCAACAGAACCAUUUCCUGCGGCUCAAUCCACUCUUCUCAGCUGCUGAGGGCUCACGGGAGGCAGACCCAUGUCCUGGACAGUGACACGGCCACUAUUUGGGGACCAGAGCAGCCUUUUCUCCAAGGAAACUGCUCUCCCCCCCUCCGCCACCAGGCAUGUGUUGCAGCCCACCUUCCUCACCAAAUAAAGUUGCU